UUAUAGAAUGAGCGGCAGCAUCCCAAACAGUGCCCCAUUCCAAAGAAGCCAAUCAGCAGACUUUGCAAUCCAUCAGCCAAAUCAACGCAAUUUAUUAAUAGCACAUUCUAGUGGCACUUUGCCUUCAGCGACUUUGCCAGUUAGCUUUCAAAGGAGGACCUUUGAAGGUGCGCUUCAGCUGAGAGACAGCUUGAACAGUGCCAUUCGCCAAAUUGAGCCUUUGGUGGAGAAUGCUCUAUCUGUAAGACAAAACGGCAUGACGCUAUCUGACCUAUUAUCUCGUCCCUCCAAUUCUGAAAGGAGUGUUAACGAUUCAGGCAAUGGUCAAGAAGCGAGCUCUUCAGCUACAUCCGAUUAUAUUGCAAUUAACUUGGAAGGUGUCUCCCCACUGGAGUCUCAUCUUGCUACAAGUCACAGUCCUUUGAAUAAUAAUGAAGAGGAGGCGGCUCAACAUCAAGAUGAAGCACCAAGGCCCAAUGGGCAGCCGCCUAAUGGUGCUUCAGGGCAAAAUUCUGCUGGUAGAAAUAUUGAAAAUCCUGCGGAUGUUCAACAAGCAUAUCAAGUUCUCCUGAAAUAUGUGCCAUUCGGACUAAUACUCAUCGCAAAAACCUUAUACGACUUUCAUGAAGGAAUUGUGAUUUUUAUCAUUCUACUUGUUACGUUUCUCCAUGCGAAUUACACGGUUCCGCACGAGGCAAUCAAACGGACGAGAAGAAGCAUAUCGACUCUCAGUCUUGAACUUUGCUACAUCGUCGUGUGCCUGUUUUGCGUACAUUAUUUAUUUCAAGACAAUGUAAACAAUUUUACGAUGGUGUUAAGUCUUGCACUGAUCAGGACGUUCAGUCGUCCAUUGACUGUCUCAAAUCUGUUGUGGAUAGUCACAGUAACAGAUUUCACCAUCAAGCUGAUAACUGUGAUGGUUAAAAUUGUCUUGACGAUGUUGCCAGGAAAAUUGGUGGAUUUUAAAAAGCGGGGAAAAAUCUACUUAUUCAUCGAAGCCAUGUCGCAAUUAUACCGCAGUAUCGCCACUGUACAGCCAUGGCUGUAUUAUUUCCUUGAGUCCUAUCAGGGCGCUGAAAAAAUCGUCGCUGUUUUCCUGUCGGCUUUCUACAUGAUAUCCAAAGGAUCCGACUUGAUGUUCAAAAUCGUGUUUCUUAAAGCCGCGUUAAUUAAAUUGCUUCAAUCCGUGACACUUGGCGCUAUGCCCAGUAAAGACCAGAUUCAAACGGCCGGUGAUCAAUGUCCGAUUUGCCACGACAAUUACCAUACGCCAGUUAUACUGGAAUGCCGGCAUAUCUUUUGCGAAAAUUGCGUUUCCACGUGGUUUGACCGCGAGCCGACAUGCCCGUUAUGUCGGGCAAAAAUCGUGGAUGAUCCAUCUUGGAAGGACGGAACAACGUCCUAUUUUAUUCAACUAUUUUAAUUAGGCGAAGAUUCUAAACUCCUCACUGAGGACACAAUCUAUACAUAUAUUUUUGUUAUGUGGGAAACUUAACCCUUUGCACUCGACUUCAGCUAUAUUUAGGUGUUUGGCUGUAGUCGAAAGGGCUGGGGAAUAGGGAGGUGUAAUUGCAAAUAACAAUUCAGGAUUAUUUCACUAUUUAUAUAUUUAUAAGGAGUACAAUGUGAUAAAUUGCAUUUAUUUGAAUUAAAUUUCAAUGUUUGCAUGUUCAAGUGCUGCAAACUUUGCAGCUGAUUGAUAUAAUAUAAUACUUUUUCGUAGAUUAUUGCUAGUUAAAGUACGUUUAUCAAAAUAACUCAUUUUUUGUUUCAUUCCAGGCUGAUUUUCUAUUAGGUUUAGGUUACAGAACGUAAAACAUUUUUUUAUUUGGGCAGAAAUGUCGAAAUCAAAUGCUUUAGCAAAUAGACAAUUUUAAAUAAA